ACCCGACCGGAAAUGCAAUGACGUAGCUGAGCUUUUAUCAUCAUAAACGUUCAUCUUUUAAUUCAUAUGUAACAAUUAUCUUUGGAGUAUAUUAUUAGAUUGUCUAGAACUAUUUUUAUCCUUUCACUUAUUUUUUGAAAAUAAAUAUCUUAACAUAAUGGCAAUAAAUGCAGCAAAAGCGGUUCUUAAACAAGGAAAAACUGUAUUAUUUAUAUGUGAUUUCCAAGAAAGAUUCGCUAAGGUUAUGUUUGAAUUUGAUAAAGUUCUUCAAAAUUCAGUUAAACUGGUAAAUUCCAUGAAACUUUUACAAAUCCCAAUGCUUGUAACGGAACAAAAUCCAAAAGCUUUAGGAAAAACUGUAUCUCAAUUAGAAAUAUCUUGUGCUAAAGGUCCUUAUGAAAAAACUCAAUUCAGUAUGUGUACUCCUAAUGUUACUGAAGUUCUUUCCACCAUUUGUUGUGGAUCUCGCCCAGAGUCCAUUAUACUUAUUGGACUUGAAACUCAUGUUUGCGUCGAGAAUACCGCAAUUGAUUUAAGAAUGAAUGGAUAUGAAGUUCAUACCGUUGCAGAUUGUUGUACAUCACGUACACAAGAAGAUAGAUUAUUGGCAUUGGAGAGAAUGAAAGCAAUAGGAUGUCACGUGUCUACUUCAGAGACUGUUAUUUUUAAAUUAUUAAAGGAUGCAAAUCAUCAAGAAUUUAGAAAUAUUCAAAAACUUAUAAGAACGCCAACAUUUUAUACAGGACUUGUACCAGUAUCAAAGAUAUGAAGUAUAUAGUUUUGUUAAAAAACAUUUAAAUCUAAAGAAACUAAUAUAUCAUUCAAUUGUAUUUUAUAUUAAUAUUUUAUAAAAAUAAUAACACACACACAUACAUUAUAGUAGAAAAAUACAGAAUGGAAAUAAAAGUAACAUAUAUUCUUGUUGUAAUAUAAAAA